UGCGUGGGGUCGCUCGUCUGUCUCAGAGAAAAAGAACGAUCUUUUGGCCAAAUACCCGAAAGUAUCUGUGAUAUUGCAUUUUUCAAAAUGACCAAGUCGAAGGACAAUCCGGAGAAGAGCCGCGAGCUCAUCAGCGAGGAGAACAUGAAGGAUCUGCUCACCAAGCAGCUGGAAGUUGUGGGCAGUGGUGGUGCAUUUGUUUGGGCCAUUUUCUUCCUGUGUGUGACCCCCAACAUUCUCAACGGAUUCCACGUGUCCUCGUACACACUGCUGGGUCACCUGCCCGACGAUCAGUGGUGCGAUAUUCCCGAUCUUCAGUCCACCACUUGGACCUUGGCUCAGAAACGAGAAAUCUCAUCCAAGGGCCUGGAUUCGGGAGGAUGUACAGUAUGGGACUGGAAUUAUCAGCAGCUGGCCCAGAUGUCCUACGAGGCUGCUAUGAACUAUACCCUCCAUCUGUCGGAAUUCGGCAAGCCAGCCGAGGUUUCCUGCAAGGUCAAGGGCCAAUAUGAAUACGCCAAUCCAGAGACCACGUUCGUUUCCGACUGGGACCUCACCUGUGAGAGGAGCAUUCAGCGAACUUCUGCCCAGGUUUCGAUAUCUUUGGGCAAGUUCUCCGGCUCCUUCUCGUUUGGCAUCCUAGCGGAUAAAUUUGGCCGUAAAACUUCAUUUACCUUUGGUGCAGUUUUCUUCGUUGUAGGCAGUUUCUUCUGCACAUUCUCGCCUUGGUAUAGUCUUUUCCUGGCUGGACGUUUUGCUUUGGGAGCAGCCUCUUCUGGACUUUUCUAUCCUGCAUUUACCAUGAUCGUGGAAAACAUAUGUCUGAAGCAUCGGUCAUGGAUGUCUAUAGCUUUUUCUGCCUCCUACCCCGUUGGCAUGAUUAUCCUGGCAAUUAUGGGCUAUCUUAUCCAACCAUGGCGACAUCUGCAACUAGCCUUGACCAUUCCUUCCCUGCUUCUCAUUCUGAAUUGCUACUUGAUGAAUGAAUCACCCCGAUGGCUGAUCACCAACCAAAGAUACGAUCGCGUCUACAAGAUCCUCUUCAGACAGCCAAGCCACUACGAAAUUAAACCCGCCAUUGCAGCCUCCGCUCCCGUCGUCACCGAUAAGAAGUCGUUGGAGCCAGAAGUAAGCUUCUCGCUGGUCGACAAACUCAAGAAUGGUCCUCUGAAGUCUAUAAUUGAGUUGUAUGCGAAUCCUAAUGUCAGAAAACUGAUCUUCACGUCGUACUUCAUGUUCUGUGUGACUUCGUUGAGUUAUUAUGUGACGGCUCUGAAUGCCGCCAAUCUAAACGUCUCUAGAUAUCUGUACAUCAUAGCUACGGGUCUGGUGGACAUACCCUCUUACCUGGUGCCUGUGAUUAUGCUUCGUUAUACAGGACGUCGCAUUACCACCAUGUUCCUGUUUCUGUGGACUGGUGUGUCCCUGCUUUUGGUGCUCUCCGUUCCCGCUGGCAGCACCACAUGGAUCGUGGCCUUCGCCAUGCUGGGUCGCUUCGGCAUUAGUGCCACCUACUCGGUGGUCACCCUCUACACCGCAGAGCUCUAUCCCACCCAGAUACGUAACUCUGCGCUGGGCACCUGCUCCACAUUCGCCCACGUGGGCUCCAUAUCGGCGCCGUAUGUGGUCGAUGUUCUGGGCGCCCUCGGAUGGUACAUUCCAACAACGAUCUGCGGCUGCUGCGUUCUAGUAGCUGGCCUGCUGACCCUCACGCUGCCGGAGACCGGGACGGGCAAGUUGUCCGACAAUGUCGAGGACACUGGGGCGGCCCCCAAAACCACUGAGCAGCCGGAGAAGCAGUGAUCACAGCAGACUGUCUCGCAUUGUAGGUUAAGUGAUGUUUUCUCAAUUGGAUUUCCGACUGGGAAAAUGUUUUAUAUAGUAAGUCUAGCCUAAAAUAAAUCUUCUCUAGACAUAGGAUAACCUUCAGUACUCUAGCCUAAGCAUUGUUUUAGUCCUUGCUAUUCCUGCAUUGUUUAAGUAUAUAUAUAUUCGUAACUGUUUUUUGUUUGAUAACGUAUAAUAAAUUCAACUACGUAUACGUGAUCCCCAG